AUGAAUACUGCGGAGCCCCGGAAGAAAAGAUACGCUACAAAGCGCAAAACCGGCUGUAUCACCUGUCGCAUUCGUCGAGUCAAAUGUGAUGAAGACAAGCCAAGUUGUAAUCGCUGUGUGUCCACUGGCCGUAAGUGCGAUGGUUAUGACCUCACUCCCCUCACCUUGGGCGGUAGACUUCAACUUCAACCGAUAGUUUCUGGAGGCAGUGAUCCCGAAAGUCAAGCCAUCUACCAGUUCCGAACCAGGAUCGCAGCACUCAUCGCCUCUUCUUUCGACGCUCACUUUUGGACAUAUGAUGUAUUACACAACUCAGAUACAUACACGCCCGUCCGACACGCCCUGGCAGCACUCGCGUCAGCGUACCAGAAGUCUAUCCUCCUGGGCAUAAAGUCCACAAGCUGCGAUAUGUUUAUCUUCUCGCAGUACCAAAAGGCCAUGAAAUCCCUCUCCAUUUGCUUUCAGGAGACCAACGUGCUCUCCACAUCUGCAAAGUUGGCUGCCUUGGUUGCGAACUUCUUGUUCACGUAUCUUUGCUCUUUGCAAGGUCUUCGCCAAGAAGCUCUCGUUCAUCUGAGAAAUGGCUUGGCGCUCAUUCAUGAAUGGGGCGAUUUGAGAGGUCAGGGCCAACAUAUGAUGACGGAUAUACUAGGGCUGUAUAUGAGAUUAGACACACAGACUCGCGUCAUCUCAACAACCGACAGCACGUCCCAUUGCUGGAUCAGUCGCUCUCGAGAAGCUUUGCAGGGUAUUUCUGAUACACCGUCCGUGUGCACAUUAUUACGCCAGCUCGAUGCGAUACACGCCAAAUUACUCAAGCCUUCCGAUAGCGAAGCCUCAAUUCUGUCCACUGAGUACUCUCUACAGCUUUGGGACUGGCGUUUUGAGAGCCUACACGUUAUAUCUCAAGAAGAAGAGAAGCAUGUGACUGCUCUCAGAAUGAGACGCAUAAUGGUCGAAGUUACCCUCAACCUGGCAACCAACACAAGCGAUAAUGCAGAAAGCACCGUCGAUAAAAAUUGCAAAACCAUUCUAGAUCUCGCCCUCCAGCUAAUCCAUGACCUCGGCCUCCGACCAGCCCAGGCUGGCUUUUUUCUCGCAAAUGGUCUUGUGGAGGCACUAUACUUUGUCGCUGUCACCAGCGAGGAUUGGGACUUGCGACAGCAGGCUAUAGAUGUUUUACGGCAACAUCGGUUCACUGAUGGAGUUUGGGGGAGUAAUGCUGCUGCAGAUCUGGCGGAGGGGCGAUUGCAACGUGAUAUCUACAGCUAUCGGCAGCAGCUAGAGGCAUAA